AUUUCCAAUUGGAUCACUCAUUUACUAGCAAGUUUGCUUUCGACUGUGUUCUUGUGCGUAGUGCUCCUGUUCGUGCGUCGUAUAAAAAUCUAAGUAAUUAAAAUGACUAGCCAAACACAGGGCAUUCAACAGCUACUUGCUGCCGAAAAGAAAGCAGCAGAAAAGGUAGCAGAGGCAAGAAAACGUAAGGCUCGCAGGCUAAAGCAAGCUAAGGAUGAGGCAAAUGAGGAAAUUGAAAAAUACCGCCAGGAGCGGGAGCGACAAUUUAAGGAGUUCGAGGCCAAGCAUAUGGGGUCACGUGAAGGCGUCGCCGCUAAAAUCGACGCAGACACCCGAGUGAAACUGGAUGAAAUGAAUCGUGCUCUGCAGUCGCGCAAGGAGCCAGUCAUCAACGAAAUCCUUCAAUACGUUUACAGUAUUGUCCCAGAAAUGCACAGAAAUUUCCGAAAAGAAUAAAUUCUUCGGAAUCUUGUUGGCUUUACCUAAAGGUUAAAUUUACAUCAACCGCUCUAUUCAAAUUUCCAUUAGAAAUGUAGCUCGUGUUCAUAAUCUGGAAGUAAACACUGUUUAAAGUUGUUCUACUAAAUUUUAUUUGUUUCUUGUUAUGUUAUCCAUAAGUAAUAUGAUAAAAUGAAAUAAAAUCCAUCGCCUGCGUGUGCACAAAUUAUAUUUA